AUGCUUCAGAUACAUCCGUCUCACCAACAAUCACAGAUACAUCCGUCUUACGAACAACUACAGACACAUCCGUCUCGCCAACAACUACAGAUACAUCCGUCUCACCAACAACUACAGACACAUCCGUCUCAUCAACAACUACAUAUACAUCCGUCUCACCAACAACCACAGACACAUCCGUCUCACCAACAACCACAGACACAUCCGUCUCACCAUCAACUACAGAUACAUCCGUCUCACCAACAACUACAGACACAUCCGUCUCAUCAACAACUACAUAUACAUCCGUCUCACCAACAACUGCAAAUCACCAACAACUCAUCCGUCUCACCAACAACUACAGAGACAUCCGUGUCACCAACAACUACUGAUACAUCCGUCUCACCAACAACUACUGAUGCAUCUGUCUCAGCAACAACUAUAGAGACAUCCGUCUCACCAUCAAUCACAGAUACAUCCGUCUCACAAACAACCACAGAUACAUCCAUCUCACUAACAACUAUAGAGACAUCCGUCUCAUCAACAACUACAGAACACAUCCGUCUCACCAACAACUACAAACAAACAACUACAGAGACAUCCGUCUCACCAACGAGCACGGAAACAUCCGUUUCAUCAGCAACUAUAGAGACAUCCUCUCACAACAAAAACUACAGAGACAUCCGUCUCACAAACAAGUACAGAUACAUCCGUCUCACCAACAACUAUAGAGCCAUCGGUCUCACCAACAACUACAGAUACAUCAGUCUCAUUAACAACUCCAGAGACAUCCUUCUCACCAACAACCACAGAUACAUCCGUCUCAACAACAACUGCAGACACAUCCGUCUCACCAUCAACCACAGAUACAUCAGUAUCACAAACAACUACAGAGACCUCCGUCUCACCAACAACCACAGAUACAUCCGUCUCACAUCCGUCUCACCAACAACUACAGAAACAUCCGUCUCAGAUAACAUCCGUCUCACCAACAACUACAGAUACAAACGACUCACCAACAACUACAGACACAUCCAUCUCACCAACAACCACAGAUACAUCCGUCAAACAAACAUAUACAGAUACAUCCGUCUCACCAACAACCACAGAAACAUCCGAUCAUCAACAACUACAAGAGACAACCACAGAUACAUCCGUCUCAUCAACAACUACAAAUACAUCGCUUUCACAAACAACCACAGAUACAUCCGUCACACAAACAACCACAGAUACAUCCGUCUCACAAACAUAUACAGAUACAUCUGUCUCACCAACAACCACAGAGACAUUCGUCUCACAAACAACCACGGAGACAUCCGUCUCACCAACAACCACAGAAACAUCCAUCUUAUCAACAACUUCAGAGACAUCCGUCUCACCAACAACUACAGAGACAUCCAGACAGUCGUCUCACAAACAACCACGGAGACAUCCGUCUCACCAACAACCACAGAAACAUCCAUCUUAUCAACAACUUCAGAGACAUCCGUCUCACCAACAACUACAGAGACAUCCGUCUCACCAACAACCACAGAUACAUCCGUCUCACCAACAACCACAGAAACAUCCAUCUUAUCAACAACUUCAGAGACAUCCACAUCGGUCUCAUCGACAACUACAGACUCAUCCGUCCCACCAACAACAACAGAGACAUCAGUCUUACCAACAACUUCAGAGACAUUCGUCUCACAAACAACCACAGAAACAUCCGUCUUAUCAACAACUUCAUGGACAUCCGUCUCACCAACAACUACAGAGACAUCCGUGUCACUAACAACUACUGAUACAUCCGUCUCACCAACAACUACUGAUGCAUCCGUCUCAGCAACAACUAUAGAGACAUCCGUCUCACCAACAACUACUGAGACAUCCAUACAUCCGACUUACCAACAUCUGUAG